CGCGAGCAAGACACCCGACAACACGGUCACUAUACCAACAUCCAAUACUCCAAUACUGUGCAUCACUCAGUUAAAUACAAUACACGUAACGCAAAAACGCCUUAACAGCAACGCGGUUGUUACUUUCAGUUCUCUUAUCGUGUUCGUGUGCUCAGUCAUAUUCCCUUAAACUCUUAUCUCAUAUUUUUCUUUUCGUGUCUCUCCCAUAGUUGAGCGUCUGUUCAGUGUGUCCAGUGCCUUUACACGCUUCCACAUAAAAACUCAAUCAAACAACAACGGUCUCGUCAACCUCCACAUUGAACGUACAUUCAAAAUCCAUCAGGUCUCCAGCAGACUCCGAACUCCAGACGUCUCGAGUCAAAAUAAAAUUAUUUUUAAAUUCACUCGUGCACUUGCGUUAAUUAUCAGUGUAGUGAAUUUUAAAUAUCACUUAAAUUACUAAUUGUCGUGCAUCGAUAAUUUAAAUAAUUUAAAUAAUUAAAAGUGCGUUUAUUGGAUUGGAUAAAAAUUCAAGUGUCCACGAGUGUCCAAAUGUGUUUUGUGUUACGUAUCAGCAAUAAGUGGAUUUAGUGCGAAGAACGAGCCUACCUGGGACCGAUUAAGAAGCACAUCCCCCGAAACCCCCCCAGCCAAAAUCACACGCCUUACCUCACCCCUGUCCUUAUCCUCUUCCAGUCCCUAUUUCCCUGGCGCGAAAUCGCGCCAUCAAAUCCGCGAAGUGGCUAAACAAACGGGAAUUCCAUCUGUCGACGGUAUGGAUAACAAACCAGUUUUGAACGAUGACCCCUCGGUCACCCUCACCAUCCGACUUAUUAUGCAGGGCAAAGAAGUUGGAAGCAUCAUUGGUAAAAAAGGUGAAAUUGUCACGAGGUUCCGUGAAGAAUCCGGUGCAAAGAUAAACAUAUCAGAUGGUUCGUGUCCUGAGCGAAUAGUAACAGUAACUGGACCAACCAACUCAAUCUUCAAAGCUUUUACCCUGAUAUGUAAGAAAUUCGAGGAAUGGUGCUCGCAAUUCCACGAUGUCUCGGGCGGAGGCGCUGGAGGUGGCGGUAAUACACCACGUACUCCAAUCACCCUACGGCUCAUCGUUCCCGCGUCUCAGUGCGGAUCUUUAAUCGGCAAAGGCGGUUCCAAGAUCAAAGAAAUAAGGGAAGUUACUGGUGCGCUCAUUCAAGUCGCGUCUGAGAUGCUUCCCAGCUCCACAGAACGUACAGUAACUAUCUCCGGUACCAGCGAGUCUAUUACUCAGUGCAUAUAUCACAUUUGCUGCGUCAUGUUAGAGUCCCCUCCCAAAGGUGCCACGAUUCCUUAUCGCCCUAAACCCCAAGUCGGUGGGCCAGUGAUCCUGGCUGGUGGGCAAGCUUACACCAUCCAGGGUAAUUACGCGGUGCCCGCCCACUCGGACAUGGGAAAACUAGGUAGUAAUCCAUUGGCUGGUCUAGCAGCCCUAGGUCUUGGCGGACUGGCAGCGCCAGCCAAUACCGGGGGAUUAAACCCAGCUGGUAUUAUUCAUAAACUAUCAGCAUUAGCGGCAUUAGCUGGAAGUCAAUUACGUACAAAUCAUACAAAUCGGCAACAACCGGCAGCUAAUAACCAGACACACGAGAUGACUGUACCAAAUGAAUUAAUUGGGUGUAUUAUCGGUAAAGGUGGUACUAAAAUUGCUGAAAUACGUCAGAUAUCUGGUGCUAUGAUCAGAAUCAGUAAUUGUGAAGAGCGUGAGGGCGGUGCUACUGAUCGCACUAUUACUAUCACUGGUAAUCCGGAUGCAGUUGCACUCGCGCAGUAUCUCAUCAACAUGAGAAUUUUUUUAAGUGAGCGAGCGAGAGAAAUUCAGUGUAUAGAGAAAGAAAUAAGAGAGAGAAAUAUUUAUUUUGUAUUGAGAGAAAAAGAGAGGAUGUGUCAAUUGAAUUCAAUACAUUCAAUUUCAACCAACUAUGACCCAGGCUCCUGCCCAUAUCUUCGGAUAUCAAUGGAGACUGCAGGAAUGGCUAUUCCCGCAUAUCACUACAUUGCACCGAAUCACAUCGUCAAGUCACCAAUUCAUUAAAUAAAUGUAAUUUAAUUACAUUUAAAGUAUUUUAUUGUUCGUAUCGUACUAUACGUUUCUCAAGAAAAAAAAAUAUAUAUAAAAAAAAAAAAAAAAAUACAUAUAUAUAACCACGCGUGGAAAAAGAAACAAAUAGAAAAAAAUGAAACAAUCAAGACAUAGUCGAUAAUUAAGUAACCGAUUGCUUAAUUAUUAUAAACUAAUUAAACACUAAAACAAUCCAACACGACACAAAAAAAAAUUUGAAUUUAAAAUAUCGUAGUAAAAUGAAGGCGCCGAAAAAUUGUACAGGAAACUAUUAAAUGGUUAAUUUAAAACAAAGAUGGAGGAUCACGAUUAUUAGGGUGAACAAAAUACAUAAAAUAUUAAUUAAUGAUUAAUUAAUUAAAAAUAAUAAUAAUAAUAAAUAAUAUGGACAUCGCAGUUAACAAACUGCCGAUUGGUAAAGGGAACAAGCCAAAGAUACGUUAGUUUUCAUUUUUAUAUUUAAAAAAAAAUAAAUAAAUAAAAUAAUUAAUUAAUAAUUAAUAAAAAAUGGGGAAGACUAAAAAUAUAUUAAUUAAUUAAAUGGGAAUACAAAUGCGGGAUUAAAAAUAAUAAUUAAAAAAAAAAUAUUAAACCGGACGUUAGUAUUUUCUAUAUUGUCUGCGAAUCCGGUCGACUGGAUAUUAAGAGACGAGUGAACGUUAAUAAUAAUUAUUAAUUAUUAUAAUUACCCGUAAAAAAAAAAUUUGUUCAUAAUUAAUUUAGGUCUUAAGUUCAUUACGAAACUCAGAUCAUGAUGCAAACAUGACUUUUAUCAUUAAUUUACUCCAACAUUUCGUAUAGUAAAUCCGUAUCCAUUUAUUACGUAUUUGAAAUGGACGGAAUGAUUUUUAGGAAAACUUAACCUAAUUUUGACCACGAUGCGUUUAGUCAAAUUUCUUUCUGUCUAUUAAAGUAAAAAGUCCGUAAAAAAAAAGAUCUUUUCUCCCGUAAUUUUUCUACAGUUAAGUCAUUACUGCGCAUGCGCAUUAGUGCAUAUUCAUGGACGUGACUAUAGCAAAGUAAUGGGAGAAAAACUAAUUUUUUGUAGGCUUAUCUAUGGCAAGUCAGUAUCGAUUAUAAAACUAAUUUCGAUAAUAAGGUAUGAAGUAGUAACGAUACAGUUUAAAUAAAUAGGGUCUGUAGGUGUUGUAUGAACUUCUCCCUGAGAGAGAAUGAACGCGAAGUCUCUCCCACUACCAGAGACUUCUAAUCUGCGCAUGCGCAGAGAAAAGUGGGAGAAUUAGUCUAUAUAACAUCUAAAGUGGGAGUAAAAACCAAAAGUAUAGUUAAGUCCGUAAAAGAAUGAUCUUUUCUCCCACCAUUUUUCUACAAUUAAGUCAUUGCGCAUGCGCGUUAGUGCAAAUUCAUAGACUUCAUUAUAGUCAAGUAGUAGGAAAAAAUUCCGUUUGUUUGCAGACUUAACUAGACAAUUUCUUGCUCGGACCAUAAGAUCUUUCGGUUUAUUACAGAUGUGACAUGAGGGGGGGGGGGGGGGGGUAAAAUUGUUGAGGAAAAUUAAUGAUGAGUAAUAUCGCGAUUUAGAUUCGUGAUGAAAAUUUAGAUCUGAAUUUCAUAUGAGUAGUAAUUUUUUUUACACGAGUAAUAUAUAAAGUUUAUUAUUAUUAUUAAUAUUAUUAUUUAAUUAAAUUGGGGAUUUAUAUUUUAUUGUUAUUAAAAUAAAAUAAAAAAUGAGAAUUAGAAAAAAAAAUAAUAAUUCGGACAGACAGGGUUAACCGAUAACAUUAUGAUUAAUAAUAUAUUAAUUAAUUAAUUAAUUAUUAAUAAAUAUUAAAUGAUACAUAUAAAAUGUGUUAUCGGUGUAAUUGACGCUUUUUAAAUAACACUAGACUAUUUUAUCCUCGUAAUUAUAAAAUAAUUAAUAAAUUAUUUAUUAUUAUUGUUAUUUUCUGUUAAUUAAUUUGAUAAUUACUCUCGUUCACGCGUCUCGUUAAAACGAUUUACGUAGAAAAUAAAAAAAAAAUAUAUAUAUAUAAAAGAAUAUGAAAUAUUAAUAAUAAUGAUAAUUAAUUAAUUGAAUAAAAAAGAAAUAUUUAUUAAUGGGUAUAGUUGAUAAUAAUUAAAUAAACAAAUUAAAUUAAUGGUGUGCUUAUAUUAAUGUAAUUAAUAUAAUUAAUUACAUGGUAUCUGGGUGGUUAUUAAUGUAGAUGCGUAGCUUUUGCAUGCAGACAUCAUUCAAAAUUAUUUAUUCAUUAAAUUAUAUAGGAGGGGCGGAUAUUUAUUAAUUAAUUAAUAAUAAUUAUGAUAGAAAUGAUUAGAAAUUGAUGAUUAAUUAAUUAAAUUAAUUUGAAAUUAAUAUAAGGACUCAUGUAUAAAAAAAAAAUAUCAAGCUAUUUUCGUUUUAUUUUCUCCGGAAAAUGAUAAUAAUAACGAGCUUAAUAAAUAAUUAAUCGUACUGUUAAUAAAAGUUAAUUAAUGUAAUAGUCAUAAUUUUGAACUCGUAAAAAUUCAUACCGGAGAAUAAUCAUUUUUUUUUUUUUUUUUUUUUUUUUAUACAAAUUAAGUAAAA